AUGAUGUAUUCUUUCACUUCUAUGGGAGGUAGAAUAAUUGCACCAACUACUCAUGGGCGUGGUCCAUAUACAUACAAGAUUGGAGGUCAAAAUCAUCACCUGAUAGGCAGUUUGUUGCCGAACGAUGGAGCACGUCCUAAAUUCUCUCAACUAUACAUAUAUGAUACUGAAGAAGAGGUUCAGAAUAGGAUGAGUGCGGCAAGUUCUAAAGACCCAAAUAAAUUUGAAGAUCGUGUCGUUGCACAAUUGAAGGAUAUGAUUGAUCAGCAUAACCCAUUGGCCAAGAGUUUUAGAAUGGCUAGAGAUCGUUUCGAAUCAAACAACGGCGAAGACUUAAAACUUAGGCUAAUUGGAAGAAGGGAUUCUGAUGGAAGGACUUAUAACCUUCCAACAACAUCCGAAGUGGCCGCGCUUAUAGUUGGAGACAUUGAUACAGCAGAUAAGAGGGAUGUAGUAGUCCAAAGGAAAAAUGGAAGAUUAAGGCAGAUAUCUGAGCUUCACCCAUCGUAUUUACCGUUACAAUAUCCACUGAUUUUCCCAUAUGGGGAAGAUGGAUAUCGAGUAGAUGUUAUGCAUAGGGACAAGACCGCAUCAAGUAGUUCUACGAAUAAAAGAGAACGACUUACUAUGCGUGAGUGGUUUGCAUACAGGAUGCAAGAUCGUGAACAUGAAGCUGAUACUUUGUUAUUAUGUCGUCGGUUGUAUCAACAAUUUUUGGUUGACGGCUACACUAUGAUUGAGGCAGAGAGGCUCUCCUUUCUAAAGAAUAACCAACAAAGUUUAAGAUCAGAUAAUGUGAAGAAUUUAAGAGGGGCUGUGGAAAGAGGUGAUACAGAGGGAUCUUCCAAUGGCAAUCGCAUUGUUAUACCAGCGUCAUUCACAGGUGGACAUAGCUACAUGAGAGAGAACUAUCAGGAUGCAAUGGCAAUUUGUAGAUGGUAUGGUUAUCCAGAUCUGUUUAUAACCUUUACGUGUAAUGCUAAAUGGCCAGAAAUAAGCAGAUUCGUUCAAAAAAGGGGACUUAGACCCGAGGACAGACCGGAUAUCAUCUGUCGAGUCUUUAAAAUGAAGCUCGACCAAUUGGUUAAAGACUUAAAGGAGAAUGAGAUAUUUGGCCGAGUUAAAGCUGUUGUUUAUACAGUUGAGUUUCAAAAGCGUGGCCUUCCGCAUGCUCAUAUACUUCUUUUCCUGCACCCCGCUGACAAAUAUCCACAGGUUGAUGAGGAAGGAUAUCCAGUUUAUAGAAGAAGAGAUAACGGAAUCUCGGUUGAGAAAAACGGAGUGCAUCUUGAUAAUAGGUUUGUUGUUCCUUAUAAUCCACAACUGCUUCGUAAGUAUCGUGCCCAUAUAAACGUUGAAUGGUGCAAUCAAUCCAGAUCGAUAAAGUAUUUGUUCAAGUACAUAAAUAAGGGUUACGAUAGAGUGACGGCUGCUGCUUAUCAAAACAGAAAUAGCAGCGAUGAUCCACAAAAGAUUGAUGAGAUUAAAAUGUAUUACGACUGUCGUUACAUAUCUGCUUGUGAGGCAGUGUGGAGGAUAUAUGGAUUUCCUAUUCACCAUCGAACCCCUGCUGUUGAGAGAUUGAGUUUCCAUCUACCUGGGGAGCAAAUGGUUGUCUACACUGACCAUAUGGACGUGGAAGAUGUACUUGAUAGACCUAAUGUUAAUAAGACAAAGUUUUUAUCGUGGAUGGAAUGCAACCAAAAGUAUGAAGAAGCAAGACAGUUGACGUAUGUAGAGUUCCCCACAAAUUUGUUUGGAAACAACCUACGCGAGAAUGGGCACCUAGGUCGAAAGGUUUCUCACUUGGCAGGCUUAUCUAAACCAGAAGACAUAUGGGAAAAAACAUGGCACCUACUAUCUGAUGACAUUCUAUAUAAACAACGUCGUAUUCAUAAAAACAAAGAUUUAACUCUAACUGAUGAACAAAUUCAAGCGUUUGCACUGGCAGAUAUUGAAGCUAAACUUCAAAGUAAUGGUAGUAGUCUUCGAAAAUUCAGUGAGAUGCCAUUUCCAGAUGAAUUAGUCGUGUUUGAAGGUCAAAAUAAGCUAAUAGCGGAUGAGCUUUCAUAUGACAUACCCUCCUUAAUUCAAGAAUAUGACAAACUAUUUCCCUGUCUAACCGAAGAACAACUAAUGGUUUUCAACGAAAUAAUGCACUCUGUUAAUGGCCAAUCAGGAGGUGUGUUUUUUGUAUACGGAUAUGGAGGGACGGGUAAGACAUACAUUUGGAGGACAUUGUGUGCUGCAAUUAGGAAGAUGGGUGAAAUUGUUUUGCCAGUAGCAUCAAGUGGAAUUGCGUCCCUACUUCUUCCAAAAGGUCGACCGCCCAUUCAAGGUUCGGUCUUCCACUCAAUCUGCAUUGCUCAUGAGAACAAAGCUAUUAUCUGGGAUGAAGCACCAAUGAUGCACAAAUAUUGCUUUGAAGCACUUGAUAGGAGUUUAAAGACAUUAUGCAAGCUGUUGAUCGAGAUAAUUUGCAUCGACCAUUUGGAGGGACUUCUCAGAAUGGAUACUAAGCGUUGGCAUGGCAGAGCUGGAGGGCCCAAUGAUGGAGAAGUCGAUAUUGAAAUCACUGAGGAUAUUCUUAUAGACGGUGGAGAUGACCCCAUAUCAGCGAUUGUCGACAGCACAUACCCUUCACUCACUGAUCACCUUUGGGAAGCCAAAUACUUCCAAGAAAGAGCAAUUUUAGCUCCAACUAAUGAAAUAGUUGAGAAGGUUAAUGAUCAUGUGUUGUCCACAAUUCCAGGUGAUGAGAAAAUUUACUUGAGUUGUGAUGCAAUUAGUAAAGAUGAAGGGAACUCAGGGCUCAUGAUAUAUAUUCUACUGAAUUCUUAA